UGCUGUGAAGCAGUAUUUUUACGGCACAUUCUUUUGUUUUUUUUAUCCGAACCUGAACAAGUUUGAAUUUGAAGUUAACAGCGAGCAUGAGUAGAGUUUUUACCGAUAACAAAGCACUGCCGGAAAACAUGGAUGGCGUUGAUAGAAUAGAGGAUGCUGCUGAUAUCAAUAAUGAAGAGAUUGAAAACAAUGAGAAUGUGAUUUUUACCAAUGACAGAUACAAUGAUAACUGCGAAGGACAGCGUUUUUUGGUUCCUAAUCCAAAUGCACGUUCGCCUAAAAUAGCUGUAGAAUACAUUAGAAGAUCCGAUAUAAGUCGGUAUAAUCCAGCUUUGAAAAAUCUUAUACCCAUACGUCAUAAAAAAUCAGACAAAGGAACUAUGCCAGCAGACAGUGCUGGAUUAUUUUCAUAUAUAUUUUAUACUUGGGUAACACCUUAUAUAUGGAAAGCAUAUAAAAAGGGUAUUAGUAUGAAUGACGUACCGUGCAUUUCUUCUUAUGAAACUUGCAAAUACAAUACACAAAGAUUGGAGGUACUUUGGCAAGAAGAAUUAAGCAGACGUGGUCCGGAAUUGGCGUCGUUUCAGAUGGUCGCUUGGCGAUUUGUCCGUACAAGGAUAUACAUAGCUUGGUUCUUACUAACUUGUACAACACUCUGCGGAUUUAUAAGCCCUAUGAUAUUAAUGAGGAAAUUAUUAGAACAUAUUCAAUCUCCAGAAGAAGAUGUAUGGGAAGGUAUAAAGUGGGCAUUAUUAUUAACAUGCUGUGACCUUUUGCGAAUGAUAUUUUUCACUUGGACAUGGAACACAAACAUUAGAACAGGACUGAGGUUGAAAUCCGCUUGUACCACUCUUCUGUACAAGAAAAUUAUAAGACUAAAUAGCCUUGGAGAUCAAAGUACAGGCAAGUUAGUAAAUUUAUUUACUAACGAUAGUCAGAGACUAUUCGACGUAGUCAUUUAUGGACCCAUGAUACUUAACGGUCCGAUAAUUAUUAUUUGUGGUGUACUUUACAUACUGUGGAUGUUUAGUCCAUUUGCUCUUCUCGGAACGCUUGUAUUUCUUCUAUUCUAUCCUUUUCAGUAUCUAAUAUCCCGUGGAGUUUACUACUUUCGUUCAAAGACAGUCGUCAUUACAGAUACACGAGUGAAACUGAUGAAUGAAAUCCUGGAUUGUAUCAAAUUAAUCAAAAUGUGUUCAUGGGAGAAGUAUUUCAGCCGAAAACUUCUUGACAUACGAAAAAAAGAAGAGAGCUGGUUGCACAAGACUGUAUAUCUUCAAAGCUUAGCUAUUUCCUUAACACCAGCAGUACCUGUAAUUUCGGCGAUCAUCACGUUUAUAGCUCAUUUAUCAACAGGUCAUAAUUUAACUGCUGCUCAGGCUUUCCCAGUUAUAACAUUUUUCGGAAACAUGUUGCGACUGGCACUCGUUUCACUUAAGGACUUCACACGAUUUUUUUCCGACGCCCGUAUUGCCCUUAGAAGAUUCAAGGUGUUUCCCUUCAUAUCAUUACUCAAUUCUCAAAUUCGUUCUUCUUUCAUGUUUAUACAAGUGGCCUUAGUUAAUAUUGACGAAUCAAAGAUAACAUUCAACAGACUGCAGAACGUAUUGCUUCUAGAAGAAAAUACAUGCCAUGUAUCAAAACCGAUUGUGAAAUCUGAAGCAGUAGUCAUUGCUAAUGGUACAUUUGUUGAAGAAAAUGUCACUUUCGACGCUCACAACAAGAAAGAUCUCUCGAAUUCAGAGAAAAAUGUUGAAAUGGAAAAACUUAAUGAUUGUUCUCAAAGGACUCAUUAUGUUGAAGUACUUUCAAAUAUUAAAUUUGGGGCUGCGAAAGAUGGAUUAGUGGGAAUCUGUGGCCACGUAGGAAGUGGAAAGUCUAGUCUACUGCUUGCUGCCUUAGGACAGUUAAAAAAGACUCAUGGACACGUUUUCAGAGAAGGUUCAUGCGCCUAUGUUAGUCAGCAAGCAUGGAUCGUUAAUGCAACGCUUAGGGAAAAUAUUUUAUUUGGUAAUCAGUUCGAUGCUAGGCGAUAUUAUCAUGCGGUUACAGUAUGUAACUUGAAAGAAGAUAUAAACAUGUUGCCCGGUGGAGACGAUACUGAGAUUGGCGAGCGAGGCAUAAAUCUUUCAGGGGGUCAAAAGCAAAGAGUUGCUUUAGCUAGAGCACUUUAUGCCAAUCGAGAUAUUUAUUUUUUGGAUGACCCAUUGAGCGCGGUAGACGUACACGUGGGAUCAUACAUUUUUAAGAAUUUAAUACUCGGAGCACUCAAGAACAAAUGUGUUCUCUUUGUGACGCACCAAGUUCAGUUUUUGAAACACUGUGACCAAAUCUAUUUAUUGAGUAAUGGUAAGAUCGUAGAACAAGGUUCUCACGAUGAAUUGAUACAAUUGAAUAAGGAAUAUACUGCCAUGGUAAACAGCACACUAUUAAAGACUGAAGAUAAUACAAGCGAACAAUCCAAUACAGGGGCUCAAUUUGGAAACAAAAACUCUGAGAACGAUUUAAAGACAAGAACUAUUGGAAGUAGCUCGGUAAACAACCAUGCAUAUGAUGAAACAUCAAGUAGAAUGCAUGGAGGAGGAGCAACACUUGUCACGGCAGAAAAAGUAGAAACUGGUACAGUGAAAUCACACACGUAUCACAUGUACAUCAAAUCUGCAGGUGGUUACUUAGUGGCUGUUUUAGUUUUUUGUACACUUUUUCUGAACGUAGGAAGCUCAGCAUUUAGUUCUUGGUGGUUAGCUACAUGGAUUAAAGCUGGCGGUGGAAAUAUCACUGAUCUUGAAACUAACGAAACGAUAGUGUCAGAAAAUUUACGUGAUAAUCCCGACUACAUGUAUUACCAAAAUAUUUAUGGUGCUUGUAUUGGAGCAAUUUUGAUUACAAGUCUGAUACGUGGUUUAAUGAUCACUUACACUACAAUUAAUGCUUCAACGACGCUUCACAAUAAAGUGUUCAAAAAGAUGAUCGAAUCCACAUUAACAUUUUUUGAAAUUACACCUGUUGGCAGAAUACAAAAUAUUUUUAGUCGCGAUAUCGACGAAGUUGACAAUUACAUACCGAUCAACGUAGAAAAUAUGGUGCAGAAUUUCUUUACAUGCAGUUUCCCAAUCAUUUUUAUAUGUUCAAUAAUACCCUGGUUUUCCUUGCCAUUAAUCAUUCUCGGUGCCAUGUUUUUUUGCAUCAGCAGAAUUUUCAGAGUUGCGAUGAGGGAUUUCAAGCGAAUGGAGAGCACUUCAAGAUCGCCCGUUUUGAGUUUCGUUACAACCACGUUGCAUGGUUUGAAUACCAUUCAUGCAUUCGAGAAAGAAAAAGCAUUUAAGAACAAAUUCGAGGAAUUAUUUGAUUCAAGCAACUUAUGUCUUUAUCUAUGCCAGUCAAUUAUGAGAUGGUCGGCGGCAAGACUUGAUAGUUUGGCAAUUGCUUCAUCCUCCAUAACUGCAUUUUUGGUGAUAAUGUUCAGAAAUCAGAUAUCACCGGCUUUCGCAGGCUUGGUGAUGGCGUAUUCCACUCAAAUGACGGGUGUUUUUCAAUAUACCGUACGUUUGAUGGCAGAAACAGAGACACGCUUCAUAAGUGUUGAAAGGAUAAGCUACUAUUUAAGAACAUUGCAAAAAGAAGGCAUAUGCAACAAGUCACCUGAAAAUCCUCCCAACGAGUGGCCAACUCAUGGUAAACUGGAAUUCCAUAAAGUUCAGUUGAGUUAUAGGAAAGACCUAGCGCCGAUAUUAAAUAAUAUUUCAUUUGCCAUUAAUGCUGGAGAACAUAUAGGUAUUGUUGGACGAACGGGUGCAGGAAAAAGUUCUCUUAUCGUUGCUUUGUUUCGGCUAGUCGAGAUUUCUUCUGGAAAGAUUAGAAUCGACGGUGUGGAUGUAGCAAAAAUAAAUCUCGACAUACUUAGGAAUAAAUUAUCUAUAAUUCCUCAAGAUCCUGUUUUAUUCAGCGGUACCGUAAGGUCGAAUUUGGAUCCAUCCAAAGAAUGCAAUGAUUCGGAUAUUUGGAAUGCUUUGGAAAAAACUAAGAUGAAAGAGAAAGUGAAAUGCAUGCCAGGACUGUUAGAUGCGUUCAUUGAAGUCGGGGGAAACAAUUUGAGCGUUGGAGAAAGACAAUUACUUUGCUUGGCCAGAGCACUUCUACGUAAUUCGAAAGUAAUUAUUUUAGACGAAGCAACAGCUGCUGUCGAUCCUGAGACUGAAGAAGCUGUUCAAAAUACGAUACAAAAUGAGUUUUCGCACUGUACUGUGCUAACAAUAGCUCAUCGUUUAAAGACGGUGAUCUCGUGUGAUCGCAUUAUAGUUAUGAAAAAUGGCCUCACCAUUGCAAACAUAAUACCUAUUAUGAUGCUGGGGCGCAAGCAGAGCCUCAAGGGGGAACCCGUCUUGGCCGAUUACGGGCCAGAGGAGUCCCUCAAUGAGAGCACUGACAUUGAGUGGGUGAAUAAGCUGUGGGUUAGAAGAUUGAUGAGGUUUUGCGCCCUGGUAUCAUUAAUUUCGGUUUGCUUGAAUACUCCAAAGACUUUUGAAAACAUUCCGCCCCUUCAAUAUGUUACCUUCGUUUCUGACUUAGUCGUUACGUUUUUAUUUACCGCAGAAAUGAUUGCAAAGAUGCACAUUAGAGGUAUACUGAAGAAGGACAAAUCUUACUUGAAAGACCAUUGGUGCCAAUUUGAUGGGAGUAUGGUUGUCUUCCUCUGGUUGUCCGUAAUUUUACAGAUGUUCGAAAUGUUAGGAUUCGUUUUGAAAUUUAGCUAUUUUUCAAUAUUACGGGCACCAAGACCUUUAAUUAUGAUACGCUUCCUGAGAGUCUUCCUUAAGUUCUCCAUGCCGAAAGCUAGAAUUAAUCAGAUAUUCAAACGUUCAAGCCAACAAAUAUACAAUGUAACACUUUUCUUCUUGUUCUUCAUGUCCCUAUACGGCCUGCUGGGUGUUCAGUUUUUUGGAGAAUUGAAAAACCACUGCGUUCUCAACACAACCCAUCCAAAGCACAUAACUAUAAAUAGUCUAGCCAUUCCAGAUACAUUCUGCUCGACUGAUCCUGAAUCAGGAUAUCAAUGUCCAGAAGGAAUGACCUGUAUGAAACUCGGAUUGUCGAAGUAUAUCAUGGGUUUCAACGGGUUUGAUGAAUUUGCUACAAGUAUUUUUACUGUCUAUCAAGCUGCAUCGCAAGAGGGUUGGGUUUUCAUUAUGUAUCGUGCUAUAGACAGUCUCCCAGCCUGGCGUGCAGUCCUUUACUUCAGUACAAUGAUAUUUUUCUUAGCGUGGCUUGUGAAGAACGUUUUCAUUGCCGUUAUCACAGAGACUUUUAAUGAGAUACGAGUACAGUUUCAGCAAAUGUGGGGUGUCAGAGGACAUAUCAGCAAUAGUACCGCUUCACAAAUAUUAACCGGUGACGAUAAUGGCUGGAGUUUGGUAACUUUAGACGAAAACAAACACGGUGGUCUAGCAUCUCCUGUAUGUCACGCCAUCCUCAGAUCUCCUCACUUCCGAAUGGUGGUAAUGUGCGCAAUAUUGGCGAACGCCAUUACCACUGCGACAAUGAGUUUCAAGCAUGAUGAGAAACCAAGAUACACUUACUACAACAAUUAUUAUUACGCCGAGAUUGCUUUUACGAUAUUUUUGGACCUCGAAACGGUGUUUAAAAUAUGGUGCCUCGGAUUCCGCAGUUAUUACAAGCAUUCGAUACACAAAUUCGAGCUGCUGCUGACAAUUGGUACAACCAUACACAUCAUUCCGUUCUUCUAUCUUUCUGGAUUCACAUAUUUUCAGGUUUUGAGAGUAGUCAGGCUAAUCAAAGCGUCUCCAAUGUUGGAGGACUUUGUGUACAAAAUAUUCGGGCCUGGGAAGAAGCUUGGUAGCCUCAUUAUUUUCACCAUGUGCCUGUUGGUUAUAUCGUCCAGCAUCUCUAUGCAAUUGUUCUGUUUUCUCUGUGACUUCACGAAAUUCGAAACCUUUCCCGAGGCAUUUAUGUCUAUGUUCCAAAUUCUCACGCAAGAAGCUUGGGUCGAAGUUAUGGACGAAACAAUGCUACGAACACAUGAAACGAUGGCACCCUUUGUAGCUGUUUACUUCAUUUUAUACCAUCUUUUUGUCACACUGAUUGUGUUGAGUCUGUUCGUCGCAGUUAUAUUGGAUAAUCUCGAAUUGGACGAGGACAUUAAGAAACUAAAGCAACUGAAAUUUCGCGAGCAAAGCGCAGAGAUAAAAGAAACUUUACCAUUUAGGUUGAGAAUUUUUGAAAAAUUUCCGGACAGUCCUCAAAUGACAUGCUUGCAUAAAGUACCAUCGGAUUUCAAUCUUCCAAAGGUGCGUGAAAGUUUCAUGCGACAGUUUGUUUUCGAAAUGGAAAACGAAGAGAACGAAGGCGUGAAAAAAGUAAACGAAACAUUUGAUUCGAAAAUGAUAUACAGAAAACAACGUCCAGUCAAGAUUUUAAACAAUCCACCGAAAGUCCGGAACGUCGUUACUAGCCUUAAAAAAGCAGCUGUUACUUACAUUAUAAAUGAUUCGAACAAUCAAAGGCUUCUGUUAGGCGAUUCUGCCAUGAUACCGGUACCAGGAAAAAGUCUGUUGAAGCCUCAAGGUACUGUUAACAGUGCCAAGCAACUACGCAUUGAUCAGAAAAAGUCGAUCAGGAGAAGUGUUCGUAGCGGUUCCAUCAAGCUAAAGCAAACGUACGAGCACCUAAUGGAGAACGGUGACAUUGGAGGUAUAAACAGAGUGAGUUCUUCUCGCAGUAGACCGCAUGAUUUGGACAUUAAAUUACUGCAAGCUAAGCGGCAGCAGGCCGAGAUGCGCAGAAAUCAACGCGAGGAGGAUUUGCGCGAGAAUCAUCCGUUUUUCGACACGCCGUUAUUCGUGGUGCCGCGCGAGAGCAAAUUUCGGAAAAUUUGUCAGUCGCUCGUCUACGCGAGAUACGAUACGAAUGCGAAAGACCCGUUGACCGGCAAAGAGAGGAAAGUUCAGUACAAGAGCCUGCACAACUUCCUUGGCUUGGUCACGUACUUAGAUUGGGUGAUGAUCUUUGCCACGACCAUGUCUUGCAUCUCCAUGAUGUUCGAAACACCACGUUACCGCGUUAUGGAGGUACCCGUGCUGCAAAUCGCCGAGUACGGUUUCGUUAUCUUCAUGAGCAUCGAAUUGGCGCUCAAGAUCUUAGCGGAUGGAUUAUUUUUUACGCCUAAGGCCUACAUCAAAGACGUUGCCUCUGUUUUGGACGUUUUUAUUUACGUCGUCAGUCUCGUAUUCCUUUGCUGGAUGCCGAAAAGCGUGCCGCCCAACUCCAGCGCUCAACUCUUAAUGAUCUUACGUUGCGUCAGGCCGCUGAGAAUAUUCACGCUUGUGCCGCACAUGAGGAAGGUUGUGUACGAAUUGUGUAGAGGAUUCAAAGAGAUCUUAUUGGUGUCUACUCUGUUGAUCCUCUUGAUGUUCAUAUUUGCGAGUUACGGUGUACAGCUUUAUGGUGGUAGAUUAGCUCGUUGUAACGAUCCAACUAUUCUAAAACGGGAAGAUUGUGUCGGUGUGUUCAUGCGAAGGGUGUUCGUGACGAAAAUGAAAUUACGACCGGGCCAAAACGAGAGCUAUCCAUCUAUACUAGUGCCACGCGUUUGGGCGAAUCCUAGGCGAUUUAAUUUCGACCAUAUCGGUGAUGCAUUGAUGGCGCUUUUCGAGGUGCUCUCAUUUAAAGGAUGGCUCGACGUUAGAGAUGUUCUGAUCAAGGCUCUCGGUCCCGUCCACGCCAUUUAUAUCCACAUCUAUAUCUUUCUGGGGUGUAUGAUCGGUUUGACUUUGUUCGUUGGUGUUGUAAUCGCCAAUUAUUCUGAAAACAAAGGGACCGCGUUACUCACUGUCGAUCAAAGACGAUGGUGCGAUUUAAAAAAACGACUGAAGAUCGCUCAGCCAUUGCACUUACCACCUAGACCAGAUGGGAAGAUAUUCAGAGCGUUUAUCUAUGACAUCACUCAGAACAUCUAUUUCAAAAGAUUCAUUGCGGUCAUGGUACUCAUAAACAGUGCUCUUCUGUGCGUUUCUUGGAGAAUCGAGGAAAAACACACGGAAGCACUCGCUACGGUCUCCACGAUUCUGACACUGAUCUUCCUCGUGGAAGUGAUCAUGAAAAAUAUUGCUUUUACACCACGUGGCUAUUGGCAGUCCAGAAGAAACAGAUAUGAUUUGCUCGUGACAGUCGUGGGUGUUAUUUGGAUCGUCAUUCAUUGCACAAUGAAGAACGAUCUGUCGUAUGUAAUCGGCUUUAUGGUCGUCAUCCUUAGGUUUUUCACCAUCACCGGCAAACACACCACUCUCAAAAUGUUGAUGUUAACGGUCGGAGUGUCCGUUUGUAAAAGUUUCUUCAUUAUAUUCGGCAUGUUUCUUCUUGUUUUCUUUUACGCCUUAGCGGGCACUAUCAUCUUUGGAACUGUGAAAUAUGGGGAAGGUAUAGGAAGACGUGCCAAUUUUGAGUCGCCUGUGACUGGUGUUGCUAUGCUCUUUCGAAUUGUCACAGGAGAAGAUUGGAAUAAAAUAAUGCACGAUUGCAUGAUACAACCGCCGUAUUGCACACCAGCUGCUAAUUAUUGGGAGACCGAUUGCGGCAAUUUCCAUGCUUCCUUAAUUUAUUUUUGUACUUUCUACGUAAUUAUUACUUACAUUGUCUUGAAUCUCCUGGUAGCUAUUAUCAUGGAGAACUUCUCUCUAUUUUACUCGAACGAGGAGGACGCCUUACUUUCAUACGCCGACAUUAGGAAUUUCCAAAACACCUGGAACGUGGUUGAUAAUCAUCAGAAGGGUGUCAUUCCGGUGAAACGGGUGAAGUUCAUUUUGCGGUUGUUAAAAGGCAGACUUGAGACCGAUCCGCAAAAGGAUCGGUUGCUGUUCAAGCAUAUGUGUUAUGAAUUAGAGAAACUGAACAACGGCGAGGACGUUACUUUCCACGAUGUCAUUAAUAUGUUAUCAUACCGGUCGGUCGACAUUCGAAAAGCUCUUCAACUGGAAGAAUUGUUGGCGAGAGAGGAGUUUGAGUACAUCAUCGAAGAAGAAGUGGCUAAACAAACAAUUAGGAAUUGGCUGGAGGGUUGCUUAAAGAAGAUCAGAGCCAGCGGAAAACAACAAAAUGAUCUUGUAGGUAGUCUUCGUGCUGAUCAGCCUAUACCGCAACAAGAACACACCGAGGAAAAAGGGAAAGAGGCAGACAAAGAAGAGGAAACGGAAACAAAGGAUGCAGAUGGAUCCAAGCACAGAGCAAAAAAGCCUGUAGUUCUUCCAAGAUCAGAUAGCAUAGGCAGCGGAUCAAGAAAAAAGUAUUUAACUCCGACGUCAUCAGAUUCGGCUUCAAUCAGAUCUGAAAAAGAUAAAAAUGCACCGCCUAAGAAAAGGAACAAUAGGCCACCACCCAUGGCAAAAAAUAAUCUGCCCCAUCUCACAGAGAGCACAGAACAGACCAGACAGCAACGAGAGGUCAUGAAUGCAAAGGCAACUGCACCAAAACCUUCCAGUGUUAUGCUAGAGGUUCGCGAAUGGUGGAAGGAGCAACUUGCGCAUAGCAGUGAGUCCAGCGAAGACGAAGUUUAAUUUCUCAUAAGAGUAUAAUGCGUAUAAAAAUGAAGCACAUGUUUGAACAAUUGAAAGGAAAAUCUGAUUCGAUAUUUCAAGAGGUGUAAAACGUAAAUUCCAUUCCAAUGCAUCUUUGCAUGUGCUUCUGUUUUAUUUGCAUACGCCUAAUUCUUUCUGGCGGAUAUAGUUACACCAAUUUCAAGGGAAGAAAGGGUUUUAAACAAACACCUUCGGUUCCAAUGCAGAAAACAAAAAUGAUUCCUGAAAAGCUAUGAAAAAUGACAAAAGAUGACUAUUUUUUUGAGUGUAUAAUUUUCUAGUAAUGUCGCACAACAAUCCUAUCAGAAGCUUUCUAUGUUAAAACAUACGAAGCAACAUCAUGUAAUGCUUAAUUUUCUACUAUUAUUUUCACAUAUAAAGAGUAGAAAUAAUUUUGUGAACGCACGGGAAAUCACAUUACAUAACUUUUGUGUUCAGACUUUUCUUUUCCAGCACCUAAGAUCACUAUUCUUCCGAACAGCUAUCAGAUAAGUUCUUUUACCUCGUGUGUCAACAGUCUACUCAGCAAAUACUCAGGUUCCAAGUAGAAUAAUGUUUUGUAGAUCGUGCAACGCAUUUUUGCACAUACUGAGAAUAAUUUGUUAAUUCCGUUACACAUAUAUUUUUUGUGCCAGUUAUCGAUGUUGAAAUACGGAAUUUGUAUAGAAUAGUAGAAUUUAGAUACAUGGUAGGUUUUGUACGAUAAAAAAAGAAGAGUAUUGAACCAGGAAGUGCUAAUUAAAAUAAAUCAAAUUGAUGUUGUCAAGGACAACUGCGAGUACAAGGAA